UACUAGUCAGCUGUCUGCCGGUGGAAAACAGACAAAACGAAACUAAAGUUUAGAUGAAGUUUUAGAUUCUGUUAAACUAAACUUGAAGUAGAGAAAUUAACCCGAAGUCUGGUGCAGCGACAGAGAGACAGAUAGUCUGGCUGCUGCUGCAGUCAGAGCUGCUGUCUGCUGGGCCGGAACAGUGUUAUCAGCAUCAGGUGAUUACAGCGGGUUUACAGCCCGUCAGAGAGCUGCAGGUAGCCGGACUCUGGACUCCGGACUCUGGACUGCUGGUGCAGGUUCUGUGCAGCUGAUCAGAGUCAGUGUGUGAGUCUGUGUGUGUUCCUGUCCAGAGAUGAAGAAGAGACUCCUGCUAGUGUCCAACUCCACUCUGCACGGCAGCGGCUACCUGGAGCACUGUCAGCAGCACAUCACAUGCUUCUUCGGAAAAGAUGUAAAGAGAGUUCUGUUUGUUCCGUACGCUCUCCAUGACAGAGACGCCUACACCAAGACUGCCAGGGACAAGUUUAAGACUCUGGGUUACGAGGUGGACGGCAUCCACGAGGCCUCGGACCCCGUCGACGCCGUGCGGAAGGCUGAGGGCAUUUUUAUAGGAGGAGGAAACACGUUCCGGCUGCUGAAGAGUCUCUAUGACAACCAGGUGGUGGCAGAGAUCAGGAGGAGAGUACUGGAGGACGGCGUCCCCUACAUGGGCUCCAGCGCCGGCACCAACGUGGCCACCGUCAGCAUCAACACCACCAACGACAUGCCCAUCGUCUACCCGCCGUCCUUCAACGCCAUCGGCCUCGUCCCCUUCAACAUCAACCCGCAUUACCUGGACACCGACCGCAACAGCCGCCACAUGGGGGAGACCAGAGAGCAGAGGAUCACCCAGUACCAUGAGGAACCUGAUACUCCAUGUGUCCUGGGUCUGAGGGAGGGCUCCCUGCUGCUGGUGGAGGGGAACAAAGCCACACUACUGGGAACCACCAAGGCCAGACUUUUCAGCAGGGGAAAGCCCUCAGUGGAGUACGACCCAGGUAGUGACCUCAGCUACCUGCUGACACAUUGACCAAUCAGAGGGGAACAGGACAUGAAGGUCUCACCCUUUCAACAUGGUUGACAGAAUAUUGUUCUGGUCAAAACUGAAUAAACAUGUUAACGUGUCUGUGAA